GCUGCAGGCGGAAGCGUGAGUAACCAUUGGGGAUGCUGAGGAGAGCGCAUCCUCUGCUGCAGGUGUCCGCACAGGCAGGCCGAGCACCGCUGCGUGUUAUCCGACCGCGGUGAGCCAAGCAGCGAGCCGCCGCUCACACUCCGAGCUCAGCCAUGGUGGACUUGGCCGAAAAUUGUGCAGUGUCACCCGGACACCACAGGCACGGACAGGGCUCUGGCUCGGGGAAUAACGACAGGAAAACGUCGAAAAAGUCACGAACGAGAAGAGGCAAACGAGGCAGGAGGAGGAGGAACAAAAAGAACAACAGGAACAAAAUACCACCGCCGUAUUUACCACCGGAGGCUGAAGAAGGAAACAUUGAAUAUAAGUUGAAGCUGGUCAACCCCACCCAGUAUCGCUUUGAGCAUCUGGCCACGCAGCUGAAGUGGCGUCUGCAGGAGGGCCGCGGCGAGGCCGUCUACCAGAUCGGAGUGGAAGACAAUGGCCUGCUGGUCGGCCUGACGGAGGCUGACAUGAAGGCCUCGCUCAGCACUUUAAAGAAGAUGGCAGAGAAAGUCGGGGCCGACAUCACUCUCCUCCGAGAGAGGGAGGUGGACUACGACUCAGACAGGAACACCCGCAAAAUUGCAGAAGUCCUGAUUCGGAAAGUUCCCGAUGAUCAGCAGUUCCUGGAUCUGCGUGUGGCAGUGCUAGGGAACGUGGACUCUGGGAAGUCAACUUUGUUGGGUGUCCUGACACAAGGCGAGUUGGACAAUGGGCGAGGCCGUGCGCGACUCAACCUCUUCAGACAUCUGCAUGAGAUCCAGACUGGACGCACCUCCAGUAUCAGCUUUGAGAUCUUGGGCUUCAACAGCAAAGGAGAGGUUGUGAAUUACAGCGAGUCUCGGACAGCUGAGGAGAUCUGCGAAAGCUCUUCCAAGAUGAUCACCUUCAUCGACCUAGCAGGACACCACAAGUACCUGAAGACCACCAUCUUCGGCCUCACCAGCUAUUGCCCCGACUUUGCCAUGCUGGUGGUGAGCGCCAACACAGGCAUUGCUGGUACAACACGGGAGCACCUGGGCCUGGCUAUGGCGCUCAAAGUUCCUAUCUUCAUUGUGGUCAGUAAAGUGGAUCUCUGUUCCCGAGGCACCGUGGAGCGCACGGCCCGGCAACUGGAACGACUCCUGAAGCAGCCGGGCUGCAACAAGGUGCCCAUGGUCGUGAUGAACCCUGACGAUGCUGUGACCGCAGCACAGCACUUCACCCAGUCCACAUGCAUUACGCCCAUCUUCACCCUGUCCAGUGUGUCUGGUGAAAGUCUGGACCUCCUGAAGGUUUUUCUGAACAUCCUUCCUCCACUGAGCAACAGCAAGGAGCAGGAAGAGCUGAUGCAGCAGCUCACUGAGUUUCAGGUUGAUGAGAUCUACUCCGUUCCUGAUGUUGGGACUGUGGUUGGAGGAACACUGUACAGUGGAGUGUGCAGGGAGGGCGAGCGGCUGGUGGUGGGUCCAACUGAUGAGGGCCGUUUUCUGCGUCUGAAGGUGGGCAGCAUCCAGAGGAACCGCUCUGCCUGCAGGGUGCUGAGGGCUGGACAGGCCGCCACACUGGCUUUGGGAAACUUUGAUCGUUCGCUACUGCGCAAGGGCAUGGUGAUGGUCAGCCCCAAGAUGAACCCAACCAUCUGCUGUCAGUUUGAAGCUGCCAUCGUCCUGCUCUUCCAUGCCAAGACCUUCCGUCGAGGGUCACAGGUCACUGUACACGUUGGUAAUGUCAGGCAGACGGCCACCGUGGAGUGCCUUCAUGGAAAGGAUGAGCUGCGUACUGGCGAGAGAGCUGUCGUUCGUUUCCGCUUCAUCAAACACCCCGAGUACCUGCGCCUGGGCGCCAAGCUGCUCUUCAGGGAGGGUGUCACCAAAGGCAUCGGCCACGUCACCCGCCUGCUGCCCCCUUCCCAGAAUCACGACCAGAACCAGAACCAGGAUUAUUAAAAAGUUCUCCAUCAUCAGACUAAGAGAUGUUGAGGUGGUGAGAACAGUGACUGCUGAUCAGUCCUCUGAUCAGAUUUAGCCACACACCUCAUGUUGGCGUAAUGUCCCACCUGUCCUUGAUCCAUAAUUUCUGCCCUCAUCCGCUCCUGCUGCGAUGUCAGAAAGUCCGUCUUCAUCGUCUCUCUUCCAGCAGACAUUCGUGUCUUGAGUUAAAGCUGGGUGACCUCAGUGGACUUAAGCCUGAAUGGUUAAUCUGAUGUUUUGCCACAGAUUGAUUUAAGACGUCCCUUUUAUCAGUGCAGCUGUCAUGAUAAGACAGCAGGAUUAUUUUGGGGGGAUUUGAUGAAGAGUUUUCAAAGCAAGAAUAGUGCUUACUCAUCUUUGAUGAGGGGUGAAGGUAUAGCCGUCCUCUCUUUAUGUGCAGGACGGAUUGACCUCUCUUCUUCCUCAUGCUUGCACGUUUAGACUCAACAGGAAAUUUGAUGAGGGAAGAUUAUAUUUAGAAGCACAUUUAGUUUCUUUUCAUAAGGCGGAUGCCUUUCUAGGGGGUCUGCUUAUGAUGUCAAACAUUUCAGACAGUAGUUUUUCCAUGGUUUAACCUUUGAAAUUCAAACUUGGGGAUUUUUCACAAAGCACUGGGAGAGUUAGGCGUCAUUAUCCAACAACAUCGCCAGGCAAACUAGUAAUUUGUGUUUUCAAAUGAUCACCUGUUUACUGUGUACAGGUGGUUCUGGCUGAUCAGUUCUGAAAGACCACUCAGUGUGUGUGAAGAGCACAGUGACAACUGCUUUGGUGCUGCUGGUUAUUUCUUACAUCUCUGAUGGCACACUGAACAGAAAAGAGCAACAACAAUACAGAAAAGCAAACCAUCAAAUCCUCACAGAAACAGCCUUAAAAAGGUAGCUGCAGUUUUCAUGCAGAGUCAGUCACACCUGUGGGUUUUAAAAGCUGGCCGCCCGAUUAGUCGCUGAGUUCAGCAGAGAUAUACUUGUUUCUAAUUUUCAUAUGAACAACCAGCUGCUGAAAAUGUAGCUGUUCAAAUACUUGCUAUGAAGCUUUUAUGUUAAUUGACAGUGCACUAUAUAUAUAACCGUUAAGACUGCAUUUUAUUGUGGAAAGAAGUCCUUCCACUGAGCAUAAAGAUUCGAGUGUCUGAUUGAGUUAGUUUUUAUAGGUUUCCAUGUAAACCAGAGACUGACUCUGAUCAGCUGUGGUCAUCACUGGAUGGCAGCAGUAACACAUUAAUGGCAGAUUUGCUCUGGAGUUGGGACGGUCAUGACUUUCAAAACCAUUCCCUUUUUCAGCAGCCUUUCCAGUGCAAAUCACGCUGAUUUGCACCAAAGCAGGUGAAAUAGACUCUCACUGCUUCCUACAUAUAAAGAUGGACAGAUUGAUAUAGCUGAAAUUUAAUUUACUUAAUGUUAUAAUGGUGAAGUUUUUGAACAGUGGAGUUUAGGUAGCCGUCACAGAACAGGAACAGUUCUGAGGUUCUGGGCGUGGCAGCGAUAACACGUCCUGCAGUCAGAGGAGAGACGUGCAGCCCCGAAGCAGCCAGAGCUGGCAAAACGUUUGGUGUGGAUCUCUUUUGGAAAUGAAUUAAGAUUAAAGUCAGUCCAGCUCUGCCAGGAAAAUGCAGUCGUUUGACAGCAGAGUAGGGUGGUAGUGCCGUAGUUCCCAGUGAAUAUCCAAUAGUAUUUUAGCCUUAAAUAUCCAUUUCUAAGUCUGUGAGCUUAAUAAAAAAUGCAGCACUUUCGAUGCUGCUUACAUGCAUAUUCAUCCUGGCACAUCCCAUAAUGCCUCUAACACUGUCACAUGUAUCUGUUGCAUCUUGCAUACACAUACACAGGAUAUACACAACAGGUGCUCCACAUGGAACCAGGCAGCAGUUACACACACACACACACACACACACACACACAAAGAUAAAAGCAAGUAUAUCUCUGUCCACAGACAAAAUUACAUUCACACCAAUGUAUAUAGCUGCAUGCAAUAUAUUACCAGGAUGAUGUAUUCAUAACAUUCAUAAAGUUAUGAAGCUGGGUAUGGAACAUCAUAUAGGCCUCAGCAUCAGUGGUCUUGGCUACAUAAUUUUGGCGGGGGGGGGGGGGGGGGGCUGUUGGCUGGUUUGCAGCUAACAGUACGGAGUACAGGUGUCAGGUAGACAAUGGUUAAUGUGCAUUAUACCACUGGCAUGUUCACACACAGCUGACUAGUACGUUAUCUUGCUUAGCCAGCAUGUUGGCCUGCUAAGUGGUGCAGAGUCUGGUCUGUGUUUUACUGACCGGUUGACUCCUUGUGAUAUUUGAAUGGUUUUGCUUUUUUUUUCUUUUAAUUUGAGAUUACAUGGUACUCGUUUGUGUUCACAACUUUAAAAAAAUACUCGUCACCUGCACCAAAAGGGUUUUAGUUUUUGAUUUUGAAGUCAGGAGUGAAAAAGGUUCCUUUUCCCUCCAAAAGAUGAUGGUUUCUUUUUGAAGAAGCUUUGAUUUUCUACUGUUUGCAGUCUUACAGUUUGUUGGCAUUAACAAACGCAGGAAUAUUUGCUACCAAGUUUCCACUUUGCUCCAAUUCUUUGUUCAUAUAUAGUGUCUAUGUUAGAGGUUUGUAGAUCUUAUGUACCGGCAGCUUUUUGCAGCUAAACAUAACCUGCAUGCUCUUUGAGUGGCAAAAAAAAAAAACUUCAUUUCAAGUAUAACACACAUGGUGGAGUGCUUAUGCAGUUUUUAACUUCAUUUUUCAGAGGUUCUGUGCAAUUGUAAAGCUAAAUAUUGAAUGUACUUUCCUUGAUCCUGUGUAGCAUUUACUUACUUACUGUUAAAUGGAGUUACUGUUGAUUUUGCACUUUGUCACGAUCCUGCUCGUCACCGGUCCCGCAGUACGAUGCACCACGGAGGCUGUGCUGAAAGGUCGACGUGUGAGAUGAUCUCACACAAACGCUAAAGCUGAACAUUUAAAUGUUAAGGUGUGACUUUAUUAGUUUUCCUGACUGUCCCUCUUACUGAGAAAUAAACAGUAACAGUGAAAAAUGCAACUUCCAGAAUAUCUGCCUGUCAGUCUGUGUCAUCUUAUUUUGAAAAAUCAACCUUCUUGAGGUUAGUACCAACACAAACAACUCCCAU